GUUGAGGCCGACCUUUGGAUCAUCAUCGCGGUGGAGCAGAUCCUUCGGGUCGUGGAUUCCGAUCAGAAUCUCGGAGUUGGAGAUCUUCAAGAGUUGGCCAGAGGUGAAGCUUUUCUAUCCCAUCCUGUCCUGUGCAACCAUGCGCUUCCACCCGGCUUGGGCUCCCGUCGGCUUGUACUUCUUCGCCUUCCCGCUCUGCUACACCUGCAACACUCUCGCCGCCAUGGAGAGCCCUUCGGUCAUUGCCGCGACUGGUUUUGCCACCCUGGCGUUCCUCUUUGCUGUGGUCUAUCUCCCAAACAACUCGCAGGAUCCACUUUACUACGUCUUUAUGGUUUUCUGCUUCUCUUCCGGGGUCGACGGCAUCAUCGCCUUGGAGGAGGACGGCUACAUGGACAACUUUAUAGGAUUCUACAUGAGGGAGGGCGAGCCGUACCUUACCACCGCCUACGGGAUCAUGAUUUGCUACUGGGACGCCGUCGUCCAUUACGGGCUCUAUAUCGCGAUGAUCAUAGCCAUCCAUCAAAGGAAGAGCUACCGAAACGUGGGCCUCUACUGGGCCGGGUCCCUCACCAUGAGCCUCGUGGUUUUCCUCCUGGGCAACGCGAUUGGGAAAUACGGCUCGGAGAUCCGCCCGGCCUUCCUGCUCAACAUCCCCUACCUUCUCAUCCCCAUCUGGGCCGCCGUGCGGAUCUUCGCCCAGCCCAAGAACCCGCCGUUGUUGACAGCAGAUCAGAUUGACCGGGAGCAGGGCAAAACCUUACUCCAGCGCCCACUCGAUCUGGGAUUGGUGGCCUUUCUGCUUUUCGCCGUGGCCUUCACGCUUUUCCGAGGACUGGUGGUCCUGGAUUGCCCCUGGGAGACGUGCUUCGACUACAUCUACCAGCAAGAGCCUUACCUGCGGGACCCCGUGGCUUACCCCAAAGUCCAGAUGCUGGUGUAUCUCUUUUACGGCCUGCCGUAUUUUUGCGUCUGCAUCUACGGCUUACUCUCCCCCGGUUCCACGUGGAUGCCAGAUUGUGCUUUGGUUUGCGCCGGCGCCAUUGCCCAGGCCCAGUUCUCCCACAUUGGGGGUUCCCUCCACCCGCGCACCCCUUUUCCGUAUCGCACGCCGGAAGCGGCUUGGUGGACGGCUCUGCUCUCCAACGUUAUCUACGCCUUGGGACCCCACUUUCUCGCCUACCGAUGUCUGAAGAACCCGGCCUUCUUCGGCCGCGCCUCGGUCGAAGACAAGAAGACCCAAUGACCUUAGUCGUUGAUGGUUGACGUCUUUGCCAAGAGCACUCCGCAGCGGGAUUUGAAACUGGUUGAAAGGUGGAGCGGGAUUUGAGAUCGUCGUCGUUUUCGCAUGGAGGGUUUUCUUGGUCAGAUUCGUUCAGAACGGGGCUCGCCUUAGCCGUCCCAAGACCGAGCCGGGAUUCGAACCCGGGACUCCGAGUCCGAUCUUCGAACCACUACGUCACACUGCCUUCCCACAACGCACGCAUCAAUUCCAUGCUCUCAACCCUCUAAGAACUGAAUUAUUACUCGGGUUGUGUCAUCAUAAAAGACUGCUUUCCCCCUUCUCCAGCUCGCUUCCAUCCUUGCCCGGCCCUCUUUUAGAACAUCUCAAUGGCCAACGUUCUAGCCCUCUUCCAUUCUCAUUUUCUGUCUCUAUACUGACAUCUUGUGGUUGCAUCUGAUACAUACAUUCCCAUCGUUUUUGGCACCCUAUUCCCCAAAAUUUAUUUUUCAUCUGAUACAUACAUUCCCAUCAUUUUUGGCGCCCUAUUCCCCAAAAUUGAUUUUUUUUUUUUAGUGGAAACCCACCAUCACUAUUUAAGUUGAAUCACGAAGGAUAUAUACGUGCCAUGUUUGGUGAAGAUCUAUGAAGUUAUUUCAGAGCCUUUGUGGAACAAACAAACCAACAAACACAUAUUUCUUUCCAUCUAUAUACUGACACCUUGUGGUUGCAUCUGAGAUAUACAUUCCCAUCGGUUUUGGCACCCUGUCCUCCCAAAAAUUGAUUUUUAGUAGACAACCCCAGCAUCAUUAUUUAAGUUAAACCACGAAGGAUAUAUAUGUGAGAUGUUUGGUGCAGAUCCGUUAAGUAAUUUCAGCACUUUUGUGGAACAAGCAAACCAACAAACACAUAGAUAGACACACAUUCCUUUCCAUCUCUAUGCUGACACCUUGUGGGUUCAUCUGAUAUAUACAUUCCCAUUGGUUUUGGCACUCUACCGACCCCCAAAAAUGAUUUUUAGUAGACAACCCCAGCAUCAUUAUUUAAGUUGAAUCUCAAAGGAUAUGUACGUACCACGUUUAGUCCAUAUCCAGCAAGUUAUCUCAGAGCCUUUGCGGAACAAACAAACCAAUAAACAUAUAGAUCGACA